AUGGUUGGCGCCCGAAUCACAAUCACCGACAACCAGCAAGCAGUGAAUUCUCAAGAUUUCUCAGAACAAAGCACAGUGUCAGCCGGCGGUAGCAAUGACCUGCCGACUCCCGAGAGUCUGCAGCAUCCACAACUACUGCCUCCGCCGCUUCCACCACCGUCGAAACUGUCCGGAGGCGCUCGCAGGGGCUACGUGCCUGUUCGUCGGCAAAACCCUGCUGCGACGAGCAGUGACGACCUGCCAUCUUCCAGGUUGUCUCCCCGUCCAUCUAUUCCGCCUCCGCCGCUUCCACCACCGCUGACGCUGUCCGGAGGCCCUCGCCGGGGUUACGUGCCUGCUCGACGGCGAACACCCAGCGGCGCCCCCCCAUUGAGUAUUCAGAUUCGCCCAAGUGACGGCACCCACCGCCGUCAACUGCGCGGUCGCAGCAACAGGCAGGCAGAGGAGGAUUAUGGCGACGCUGGUGAGGCUGGCGUGACCCCCGGCGAGGCUGGCGAGACCUCUGGCGAGGAUCUCAAGUCUGGCGUCGUGACUGGGGAGGAUGGGCGAUUCGAAACGAGCCCCGAGCUGUACUAUAACGGAGGGGCUGUUAUCGCGGAUCCGGUGGUGUACCUCAUCUACUACGGCACGUGGCCUGCGAAUUCCGGCGCUGCUGUCAUUGAGAAUUUCGUGCAGUCGCUGGGGGGGAACGCGAGCAGGCAGGGGGGGGCGAGGGGUGAGAGCAGCGUGAGCGACUGGUGGGCGAUCACCACUCAUUACUACAUGACACGGGCUGACCGCACGCGGACUUACGUCACUCCCAAGGUGGGUGACUUGUGGCUCUACAUCAUACGCCCAAUGCCACCUCCUGACAUUUGUGACACUUUUCCACACUCCCCUCUUAGCUCUCCCGAUGAGUUUCGAGUCGACGCUGAAGUCACGUAA